CCAAGCGGGACGUCGCCGGUAGCGGCGAUCAUCCCCUUUCCGAUGCCAGCGAAAUUUCCCUCUUCGAUUUCAUUGGUGUAUGUGGAAAAAUUGCGAGGAUUCGUGUGAUUUUAUGGAACAGUGCAGACAUUCUACGUUCACGUGUCAGUGAUCUUGGAACGGUUUUGGAGAACAUUUCGAAGGUGUUGUGGUUUUUGACAGUGGUACGAUAUUGGUGCAUAAAUGGUGGAUUAUUAUAAUUACAAGAUGUCAGGCAGCGAGGAGGAACCCGAGUCGCACUCGCAGUCGGGGAUGACCAAGGCUGAAUUGCGGAGGAGUAACAAGCCGAUCAUGGAGAAACGAAGGCGUGCUCGGAUUAAUCAAUGUCUGGACGAAUUGAAGAGUUUGAUACUCGAGGCGAUGAAAAAAGACCCAACGAGGCAUUCGAAACUCGAGAAAGCUGAUAUCCUCGAGAUGACGGUGAAGCAUUUACAAGCGGUACAGCGUCAGCAAUUGAGCACAGCGGUCGCUACCGACCCGGCGGUGCUAACGAAAUUCCGUUCCGGAUUUUCCGAAUGUGCCACCGAAGUAUCGCGGUACGUCAGCCACCUCGAGAACGUCGACCCUGUUGUGAAGCAACGACUGGUAUCACAUUUGAACAAUUGCGUUAGCAAUCUCCAGCAAAUGGCGCCAUUCUACAGCCACUACGUGCCCUACAUGCCGGAACGCCUCUACCCGGAGGUGAAGGUCGGUUUCCAGAGCGAUUUCCAGAAUGGCGACGAGAAUAAUAAUGGAAGUGCCAGGAUACAGAUACCGAACGGUGUUCAGCUGAUACCCAGCAGACUACCUACGGGAGAGUUGGCGCUUCUGGUACCCCAGUCGGCGGCCAUUUCGGCAACUUUUCCUUUCUUUCCACCGGCUCCAGAGUCUACCUCCAAAAUCGGACAGUCUUCAGCUUUCACGUCUGUCCAUAGAUCGCAGAGUCCAUUGUUGAGUCCGUCUACGUCCACCUCCAGCUACGGAGAGGAGAAUCAUCAGUCUGAACACUAUGCGAUUGCCUCGCCUAAUCGCCAGCAUCGGUUUAAAAUCCCCGAGCAAAGUCCAGCCUCCUCGAAGAGUUUCUCUUCUUCUCCAGAAACACAGAAGCCACAAAUCAGUUCUAGCAGCGACAGGAAAUCACCAAUGCCCGUCUUCAUGGAACCCAAGGAAACGAACUAUGCGUCCAGAAAGGAGGCUGAUUCCUCAGAAACGCUGAACAGCAACGGGUCGGUUCACAAUUUGCGACAACCGCUUUCGGUCAUCACAGAUAAAACCUACAAUCGCGCCAGUUCACUGGCUACCAAGAAGGAGACUCUCAAGAGGCAUAACUCUGAUGGACUACUUGUGAUCUCUGAUAAAAGACCAAGGUACCAGGACAACGCUGGCACCUCGGUUCACCUGAAUUCUUCUAACGCGAAACCUGAAGAUCAAGCGGUCUCCGUGGAUGAUCUGUCUGGAAGAGCGACCUGCUCCACUAAUAGAAAUUCUAAUUCUAAUCCUGUCAAGUUCGCUGUGGCUGGUCCUUCGGGCGCUAACGGGGAUAUGUGGAGACCGUGGUGAUUCGCAAACGUGUUCUUGUUUAAUUGCUUUCGAAUUGAUUAAGAUGUUUUAACACGAUAUUGUAAGAAAUUCUCAAUCAAAAGGGUCUCCAAUUGUACCUCUACGUGGAUUAAAAUAGUGCCUUAACGUUGUGCGUUAUCUUCAACAAUUGUAACUCGUUUUAUUUUACAUAUGAUGCAUGUUUUACGAUAAGUAUUGUUAUAUUUAUUGUUAGUGUAAGACUUAGGUAAGAUUAGUAAAUCGAUUAGGGUAGCGGGUAGGACAAUGAUGAUCGACUGCGUCAGGUAGGACAUUGGUAGUUAAUUUUCGAUAUAAAAUUUCGAAGUUUUUGUUUCUAAACUUUUACAUUUGCAAAUUACUAUAUUUUCAUGGUCGAAGAUUUGAGAAUUUGAUAAACUUCGAAAUUUUACUAUUGAUUAAUCUGCCAUUUAGGAAAGAAUGUUAAGAAUUUAAGUGUACCGUCGACGACCACCUCGAUAACAGGAACGGCCAACUCAGUAUCCUCGCAUGUGAAGACUUCCAAGCUUUAAGUACAAUAAGUUAGCCAUUGUGAAUAAUUUUGUAAAUAAUCGUCGAUCUUAUUUAAUGUAACGGUUAGACGUAGUAGCUUAAAGUGAUUUUGUCGGUAAGUUAAGUUGAUGUUGCCAGUUUGCGAUUAGGUUAAAUAAAUGUGAAACGGACAUUGUGAUCAGUCUUCGUUGUACCUGUUUUAUUUCUUGUCGAAAGUCAAUAAAGCCUGUCGUAAGGAAACGAAUCUCGUUGGGAUGUAUAAAGUUCGUUGAAAGAGAGAGGAAAAAAGAAAAGCGAAA